AUGUCAUUUCCCUCAGAAGAUUCCCAGGAUUGGCCAACACCACCUUCCAGUGCCGCCGGGACCCCAGUCGUUGUGGAAGAUAUUGAAACCUAUUUCACUUCGGAGGCCCAAAAGGCGGAUCAAGUAAUGGUAGAGUCCUUUACCACCACAGAGCGUACCGAUGAUGAGGCAGAGGAUAAACUGUCUUUGGAAGAUUUCCCAAUAUCACCACCUGAAAUGGCCAAGGUUAUACCCUAUGAAGAUACCGCCUACCUAAUGUCCUCUGCCUUUGAGGAUAAAGAUUUUGGGGCAGAUGAUUAUCAGCACGAUACGGCGGCUGCAACAUGUUUGAGUUCGACCUUGAAUGCUGCAACCUGCCUAUCGAACUCCUUCAAUGUAUCAUGUUCCUCAUCCUCUCCCAAGGGACCAAGAUCUACAUCGUUGAGGAAAGAUUCGAGUGCGGAAACCGUUAUCAUGGCACAGCCCACAAGAUCCCCAGCACCCAGGUCACCCCUCUCCGAAGAGGAGGUAUUCUCCAAUGAUGAAGUAUUUAUGCCGGGCACAAUUAAGGUCCAAUUAUCGCCUGAUGAAACCAAGACCCAGGAAUACAUAAGGAAAUUAUCGAGAGGCUCCAAUAACUCCGACACAUCCAUAGAUGACAUAUUGUCUCCCACCACCGGCACCGUCAGACAUAAUUACGAACAUCGCCUCAGUUCGGGCAGCUGUCGUAAAUGUAGCCAUUCCAGUCACUCCGAGGAGGAUACCAGUUCCAUUGGCACCGAUUUGGAUGGUACCGUGCGCAUGGGCAUGCAAAAGAAAUGUACUCAUAGCUCUCAUUCGGAAGACACUUCCAUUGGAUUGAGUAUAUCCGAUUGGUCGACCGGCACCAAUACGGUAAGGCAAUAUGCCAAUCUUUCCGGCUCGGAUAGUCUUUCGGCAGUGUCGAAUUUAUCAUGUGCCAAAUCGGAAAAAUCCAAUCAAACUCGAUCGAGUUUAAGUUCCAUAAAUAAAUCGGCGGAAAGUUUGUGUGAUAAUGGCUCUUCGGAUGGACUGCGCUAUGAUAUGCUGUCCAGUUCGGAAACGGAUAAAAUGUCCGAUACCACAUCGGCUACCAAGAGUGAUGACACCACUCUCACUUUGACCGAAAUGGCCCAGACCAUGUCUGAGUGGUCCACCUCAAGUAGCCGAACACUGGUGGGACCAGCUCCGGGUGAUGUAAAUGAUCAAAUGAAUGGUCGCAGGGCAAGCUACAUUGACUACCAACCCUUGAAGUACCACAAGGCCGGAAGUCGUGAGAAAAAUGAGGAGGAGAAGAGGGGAUCCCUACCCCAAAUCCAUCGACGAAGCAGCAGUAAUGGUCUGCAGCGUAUGAGUAAUGAAGAUUUGGCCCAAAAGUCUACCACCUCCGAUGAUAUGGCCGAGACCACAGCGGCCAGGAAACGACGUUCUCUGGAAAUGAUGUCGAAGCGUUAUCAAAGCCAGGAAUUAUGUUCGGAAAGUGAGUCAUUUGUUGAGCGGCUAUAUGCACCAAGUGAAAAGUUAACUGAACGCUAUCAAAGUCAGGAAUUUGUACCAUUACAUGGUACGCCGGGACAACCUCCUGCCACAGCUCCAAAACCGGUGAAAGGAAAAGCACCACAACCUCCUCAGGCGGGAGGCACAAAACCCAAGGCUCCACAACCACCACCCAAGCCAACAAAACCCAAAAUGUCAGUAACCCAACCUUUGAUGCAGGCCCUCCUUAGGCAUAUGAAAGAGCCGGGAGUGGCUGAGGCUGCAGCGGCUCAGGCAGCAGCUGAGGAGGAAGCAGCCGCAGCUGAAAAACAAAAACAAGCUGAGGAGCUGAAAAAAGCCAAACCUCCACCACCACCCAUACCACCCCUGCCACCCAUUACCUCACCCACAGAUUUACCCGAAACCGAAAUUGGGCCACCGGGUGAAAAACCCCUGGCCAAACAUCACAGUUACGACGACAAAACUCUGUCCAAAUCCCAAAUCAGGGAAUACAAAACCAACAAAGUCAGACAAUCGAAUUCGUUCCAUGAGCACAUGCUCACGCAGUCUCAACAAUCAUCGAUCGAAUCCAUGCCGGCCUCUCGUAUAGAUGAGGAAUUAAACUCAACUACCGGAGGAGGAGGAGGCGCAGCUACCUCCUCCUCAUUUACAUCGACAACGACAACCACCACCAUCAACAGUGGCAAUACAACGAGUAAUGAAACCAACACCACCACCUCCUCACCCAUGUUACCCUCUCGAGCGGAAAAACUCAUCAAAUGUUCUCCCUACUAUUCGAGUAGCCUCAGCUCCGAAUCGCCACCCAAUCAGCUGAUACAAAAACCACCACGCAAAGGUUCAAUUUCACGCACGGCACCCAUCAUCAAGUCACCACCCAGUGGCAAUGAUACCGACAGCUCGGUAGAUGUUCGCACCCAAGAUCCGAAAUUACGAACACGAGGCUAUCGCAAAAAGCGCCAAAUCACCGCCAAGCGCGUACGAUCUUCUGAGAGAAAUCUCGUUGAACAGGAAAGUUCCGAAUGUUCAGAGGGCUAUAUGCCCGAAAUGGACUCUGGAGGUUCAGAUCCUUCCUAUCGACAUAGCGAAUACUAUGAAUUCGACGAAGAGCUGGAGGAACGUGAACAGGAAACAGAUGAAUAUGAUGAUUAUCCGCAAUAUUCGGGUGUGGCCUUUUCAUCAACAUCAUCGGCCUUCGAGAGUCUGGAUAUGACGGCGGAUAAUGUUGAUGAAAUGGGUUUUCCACGCUACGAUCGGUUGAGUCACAUCACCAAUCCCAUAUAUCAGCAACAGUCGCAUCAGUUUCAACAAACGAGAAUGUCGGCGGCGGCUGCGGCUGCCUCCUCCCAUCACCACCACCAGGGAGGCGGUGGAGGAGGUAGCACCGGCGGCGGCGGCAGUAGUGCUAGUAGUAGUAGCAGUAGACCAGCACCAGCCAACCAUCCCAUGCCACCACCCUCUGGGCAACCCAUUAAACCGGCUCGCACCAAAAAACGCCAACUGAAACGUGAAGAUUCGGUAAUGGGUUCCCAGUCCCAAUCCUCCGCCGCACCAUAUGGCUCCGGUUCAUCGGGGCAAUAUCAUGGCCGUUCCUAUUGUAAUCCGGAAGAGAGUGAAUUUGAAACGAAGGGUGGUCUAUCUGAUGAUAUGGCCAAUAGUAGUGAGGAUAGUAAUAAUAGUUUCUAUCACUGUACUGGUACCAUUAAACGUUCCACAAUGGCGGCUAUGGCUGCUGCAGCGGCUGCCGCGAAUAAAUCGGCCGCCAGCAGCAGUGGUAGCAGCACUGCAAGUAGAUCUGUAGAUUGUGGCGCGGCAGGUGGUACCACGUCCAGUGGUAGUGUACGUGAUCUCGAUUUGCCAUAUCCGGAUUUUCUAUCCGACUAUGAAACCGAACCCAUAGAAUAUGAACGUUUUGCCUGUGGCCUAGAUAUACGCGUAGAUCCACCACCGAAAUUCCAUGAUUCUGAUGAUUUGAGUGAUCAAUAA